CAAGUCAGAUCCCCCAAACAUCUGGAGUUACAUCAAGGGAGGAGGUUGGCACUCAGCCUGCUGAUGAUGCUGGUACGUCCACCAGGCCGUCCACAAGUUAUUACCCACAAGAAAGUGGAGCCAGCAUUGGAAACACCGGCACAGUCAGCGGUUGCCAGAACCCUAUCAUUAUUGGUCAAAAUAUCAUUAAUAUCAAUUACAACUCGCCGUUGGAGGGACCAGGAAGUGGGCCACUACCAUCAACAGGUCCUCAGCGGAUAAGAUUAAACCCACAGAAUGCUGGCACAGGAACCUGGGAUCUGAACUCGUGUCAGCAACAGCUAAAAAAGACUUACAAGACAACAGAUCGCAUCUCUAAACACCCCACCUGCACCAUCGAUCCUCUUCAUCGUGUGGCAGUUGAUGAGUUGUAUACAGAGUUACUUCUGUGUCAAGAUGAUUAUACAGAGGUGCUUAAGGAAACGUUGGGGAAAUUGAAAAUUGAUAAAGCUAAAACAAAACCAUUAGACUCUUUUGCUGACAUGUUAGAUGCCAAAAAGAUUAAGGAAUUAUUAAUUAUUCUUUCAGGUGGAGCUGGACAUGGCAAAUCAACUAUUUUAAAGAAAAUCGUAGAUACUUGGGCAAAACGUGACUUAUUUUCCAAUUUCAGGCUUUUAUUCUUUCUCGAUUUAAAACAUAUGGAAAAGCCCUGUGUCAUUGAUGAAAUUUUAAGCCAAUGUUUUCCGCGAGAUAAACGGCCAGGUCGCGAUGAUUUAAUCAGGCUUAUUACUGACAACCAAGAGGAAAGUGUGUUCGUAUUGGACGGUUUAGAUGAACUUCGACCCGGUUUGCUCAAGUCUAAGGGGAAUACGGAGAAUGGUACAUUCUGUCUCUAUAACGUAUUGCAUGACAAGGUUUUACAAGACAGUCGCGUGCUGGUGGCAACACGGCCACAUAUGGUAGAGCGUCUUCGGAAAGACAACCAGAACUAUGCUCUCGUUCAUACAUCAGGUUUCACACCCGAAAACACCGAUCAGUAUAUCAGGAAGCAUUUCACGGAUGAUAGGAAAACUGAAGGAGACGGAUUAAUUGAAUGCUUACAAGGAAAGGAACUGUUGAAGAAUAUGGCACGCAUUCCACUUCUUUGUCAGAUAAUGUGCAUAGUUUUCGGUGACGAUGGUAAAUUGUCCGACCGUUUAACAACAUUGUACGAAAGAUUCACGAGGGUUCUUGCAAUGCGCCGCUGUCAAGAAAAUGAAAAUUGGGAGAAUGAGUUGGAUUCUGAACUCAAAAACCUCGGAAAGGUUGCAUUUGAAGCAUUAAUUGAAGGACAAAAUCAGUUGGUGUUGGAGUUUGGUGACCGUGAAUCUGUCUUAGAUACGUCUGCAUCUGGAGAGAGUGGCUUCAUACAACUAGAAAGUUACACAACUAGCAGCUUUGCUAGGAAGACAAUAGUCACAUUCCUGCACAAGACCUUUCAGGAGUUUAGUGCGGCUUACUUCUUUGCGCACUUGUAUGACGAGAACAAAGAGGAGUUUCAUGAGAGGUUGAAUCAGAUCAAUCCAGACAAUGUCCGUGCAAUGGAAUAUCUGCUUCGGUUUGCAUGCGGCAUAUCAUCGGGGUCUCAAGCUACUUCGCUUAUUCUGGAGCAUGUACAAAAACAACGCAACAAGGAAGAAUUGUUUCACAAGGUUAAACUGCAGCUACGAGGAAGGAGUUACGAGGAAGGAGUGGGUAGCGAGGAGGGAUCUCGGGACGGGGGGCAAUCGAGUGGCGAGGAAGGAUUGAUUGACGAAAAAGGACCGAGUGGCGAGGAAGGAUCGAGCGAAAAGGAAAGAUUGAAUGUCGAGGAAGGAUCGAGCGAAGAGGAAGGAUUGAGAGACGAGGAAGGAUCGAGUGUCGAGGGAGGAUCGAGUGAUGAGUUAGAACUGACAAUCGAUCAAAAACAGAAUCUUACCCGCCUAAUGCUGUUUGAGUCUGGUUGGACCGAACUGGCUGAUAAGCUAGACCGACCAACUGAAGCGAAAUGUGAUGGUCAGGAGGAUCUGUUAGCAAUGCGCUAUUACUUGCAGCAUCUCUCGCAGCCACUAGUAGAACUCUCGCGCUUAACUGUCUACUGCACAUCGCAUGAAGAAUUGGCGCCGUUGAGCGAAAUUUAUAGCCUACAACAUGGUAAAACUACACUAUUCAUUUAUUUGAAUGUCACCUGUAGAUUGCAUGAAUGGCUGAAGCUGCUGGGGGAGAAACUACCGAUUGAUAACAUCAGGUCCAUCAGAAAAAUUUGGGUGUAUGUCAUUUACAGCGUGUCGGAAAAAGCGGACGAGGACAUGGAGACAACUGCAGAGGUGGUUGAGAGGUUUCAUGAUCAAAUAGAGCUUGAACUGGAUAUUGUUGACCUAUCUCACGUUGAUGAGCGUGUGUUAGGAUCCCUGUCUCGUGUAUGCAAGCAGAUCCGUACGAAAGUCACGCUGUGGCAGAGAACGUAUGAUGACGUCAUUAGACUAGCGAAUGCACUGGCUGGUUGUGAUAAGUUGCUAGAAGUAUAUGUGAGGCGUACCAACCUUCACGGCCAUCUGGCUAGUAUAGCCCCUCUUGUUUCUCUAUCCCUGUAUUCGUUGGAAUUAGACUCAUGUGGGCUGAAUGAUGAUGACGUCCCUGACCUGAUCAGCAUCCUCUCUGCCGGGCAUGGUUUGAGGGCAGUUAGUGUUCAUGGCAAUGCAUUCAGUGUGGUUGGAGUGGAGACUCUUACUGCUCAUCACAGGAAUCUGCCUAAACUACGCACGUUUUUGCUUGAAUAAAAAGGUCACGAUGCAGAGCGUGUCAAGCAGCUGGUCAAGCAAAAUCUUCCAAAUGUCGACUUAUUUUAUUUAAAUGAUACAAACAAAUAAAAUUAACUUUUUGAUUUUCGUACCAGUUACAUCACCAACAUUGCCAAUUGGGCCUUUGGACUAUUUCACACGAAUCUCCAAAUUAGUAUUGUUGCCGUCAUCAUUACAUGUCAUCAUCAUCGUUAUGUUUCUAUGUAAAUCACAACAAGACACACAUUCCGUAAAAAUACACACUGAGAUAGGCGCGGAUCCCGGGGGUGGAGGUUGAAACCCCCUCCCUGCUCUGACACACAAACAGAAAAAUAUAACAAAUAUAGUAAUAUAAUUACAUAUACAUGUAUGUCUGCCUAUCUGCAACAAUCGGACAUACAAAAAAUGUGAAGGCCAAGACUCCCCCCCCCCCGCAAAUACACCUGGAUCCGCCCCUGUUGAUAAGUAUUACAAACUAACAUUAGGUGAAGUACAUCGCGUAUCAGACAUUUUGUUCAGCGGAUUUGGCGUAAUAUCGAAUGCAUUGGCGUUAAUUACAAUAGAACAC